AUGAUCAGUCUCACCGUCGGCGUCUUAGCCCUGCAGGGUGGCUUCUCAGAGCACAUUGACCUAGUCCGCAAGGCCGCAGAAUAUCUCUCUUCCACAGAAGGCGUUUCCAAGGCUAAAUUCCACUGCAUCGAGGUCCGCACAAAGGAACAGCUCGAUCAAUGCAAUGCUCUCAUCAUCCCCGGCGGCGAAAGCACCACCAUCUCUUUCGUCGCUGCUCAGUCGGGUCUUCUAGAGCCACUUAGAGAUUUCGUCAAGGUCCAGAAACGACCAGUCUGGGGAACUUGCGCUGGUCUCAUUCUUCUUUCAGACGAGGCCAAUGCUACGAAAAAGGGCGGCCAGGAACUCAUCGGCGGUCUCGCCGUACGCGUGCACCGCAACCACUUUGGUCGUCAGAUGGAGAGUUUCGAAUCUGGUCUGGAACUCCCCUUUCUAAACGAUAACAAGCCCUUCCCCGGAGUCUUCAUCCGCGCGCCUGUCGUGGAGGAGAUCAUCGGUUCAGCCAGCGAUGAACGACCAGCGGUGCAGGUCCUCGCUAAACUACCAGGCCGUGUGGAUAAGAUGAAGUCGGGCGUAUCACAAGCUAAUACAAAGGACGAUUCAGGCGAUAUCGUCGCUGUGAGACAGGGCAAUGUGCUAGGGACUAGCUUUCACCCGGAGUUGACGAAGGAUGAGAGAAUACACGUGUGGUGGCUAAAGGAGAUUCUGAGCCAGCACUAG